AUGGACGAUAUUCCAUUAGAGUCUAGAACUAAUUUAUUUUUUCAACAAGAUGGAGCACCUGCACACAAUGCAAUUGUUGUAAGAGAGUAUUUACAAAAUAAAUUUGGCAAUCGAUGGAUGGGUACAUAUGGUGCAGUAGCUUGGCCACCAAGAUCUCCAGAUCUCACAACAUUAGAUUUUUUUCUGUGGGGACAUUUGAAGAAUGAAGUUUAUUCAACUCCACGUUUAAGUAUUCAAGAUCUAAAAAAUAAAAUUGUAAUUGCUUGCGCAGAACUUAAAAAGGAACAGAUAUUAUCAGCUACUCAAAGAGAAGUGAUUCGUCGAUUUCAAUCAUGCAUGGAGAAUGAUGGGCAAAAUUUUGAACAAUUUAUUAGAUAG